AUUUUAGUUUAGUUUUAUAUUGAAAAAAAAAUACUUAUUAUGGAAGAAAAUUUUAUAUCUCUUGAAUCAUCUGGAUUAAAUGACUUUGAUCAUUUCAAAAAUAUUGUGACAAUUACUGAAGAUGGAGGUGAUAAAAGUGUUAGUUACGAAUACAAGCCAAAAUUACAAAAAUCAAAUUUUAUUAUAGAGGAUUAUUAUGGGAGUAUUAAAGAUCAGAAUGGAAAAAAUGUUGUUAUAAAGAAAUAUGUUUUGGUGAAUGAACACGGUGUUAAUAUUGAAAUAAUUAACUAUGGUGCAACAAUUUUAUCUUGUUGGGUUCCUAAUACUUUAGGAGAAAUAGAUGAUGUUAUAUUGGGUUUUGAUACUCUUGAUGACUAUCGACUUAAUAAUGCCCAUUAUAUUGGAGGGACAAUAGGUAGAGUAACAGAUUAUAUAACUAAUGGUAACUUUGUAUCUCCUGGAGGACAUAUAAUUGAAUUGACAAAAAAUAUUGGUUCUCAUCAUUAUAAUGGUGGUAAAAAUGGUUUUGAUAAAGUAAUAUGGGAUGGAUAUGUAUCUGAAAAUAAGUUGGUUAUGACUUACACAAGUCUUGAUAGUGAAGAAGGCUAUCCAGGAUCCUGUCAAACUCGAGUAAUUUUUCAACUGACAUGUAAAAAUGAGCUUAUCAUUGAUUAUGUUUCAAUGACAUCAAAACCCACUCCAUUAAAUAUUUCUAUGAAUAUUUUUUUUAAUUUGGCCGGACAUGAUGCAGGAGAAUCGGAAGUUUUAAAUCAUUCGAUUAUGGUUAAUGCUGAUGAAUAUAUAGUAAUAAAAUUACCAGACCGGACACCUGUAGGUUUAUUUGGCAAUGUAGAAAGAACUUGUCUUGAUUUGCGAGUGCCUAGAUUAUUAAAAAGAGCAUUUGUUCAUGUUCCAGGCUCAGGGUAUAACCAUACUUUUAAAUUAUUCAAAGGUAAUGAUAGGAAGGCUUUUAAUCUUGCAGCAAGUUUAGUUCAUAAACCCUCUGGUCGAACAUUGGAUGUUUAUACAGAUAUGCCUUGUAUUCAUGUUAAUACUGCUCAAGGAUUUCCUGAUUAUGGAAUUUUAGACAGAAUCAACAAAAAUUCAGCAAAGGUUACAGAUUUAGUACCCCCUAGUGCUAUAUUUGGUGAAAGUGGAAGUGAACAUCAUUCAGAAGGAGUAGAAGAUACUACUAUUAAUAGCCUUGAACAACUAGUAUCUGAAGAUAUGGAGGAAGGAACUACUAUAAAAAUUCCAGAGACCAAUUUAUAUCUUAAUAAUAAAGCUACAAUAAAUAGUCCUAUUAUAGGCAAAUCUAAGACAAUUUAUAAUAAGCUAUCUGGUAUCUCAUUACGCCCUCAACUUUUUCCAGAUGCGCCUAAUCAUGAUAACUUUGGCAAUAUUAUUACACAACCAUCCAAUUUUUAUAGCCAAAGAGUUAUUUACAAAUUUGGAGUAAUUGAAACUAAUUAAUUUACUUUUGUAGCAACACAAUAAAUAAGUUUUAUAGAAUAAAAAACAUUCAAAUUAAAAAAUUAUUAUAAGUAUUUCAUUAAAAUUGA